AUGGCUAAAGUAGAGGUAAAGGAAAGGAGGGAUAAGGACUCUGCUGAAUCUGAAGGUGAGGUGCCUACUGUUUUGCCUAGUUCUACUGAUGCAGAGGGUCUUCAGGUCAAUAACUCUGAGGGUAUUCAGCUUAAAGCCUCAGCUAAUAUUGAUGAAGCUAAGGGUGCAAAUGACAGUAAACAAUGGCACACUCCAAAGCGUGUGGCUACUCAAUCUAAACAAGGACUGGUUGCAGAUUUAUGUAGCAGGAAUAAAAUAGGAGUUGGUGGUUUUUUAGAAACUAAAAUGAAGGGGAACAAAAUUAUGGAGUUCAUGGAGCAUAAACUUCCUAACUGGGAGUUUUAUUCUAGUUCGGUUACUGAAGGUAGACUUUUGAUAGUUUGGAGGAAGGUUUUUGUGAGGGUUACAUUGCUAGAGGAGUCUAAUCAGUAUGUUCAUUGUUUGGUCAAGAUGGCUGGUCAGAGGCAUGCUCUUUAUGUUACAUUUGUCUAUGGGCUCAAUACGAUAGAGGGAAGGAGGAGUUUAUGGAAAGGGUUACAAAGGAUAUCACUCUCUGUUAAAGCAUGGAUCAUCUUAGGGGAUUUCAAUGUCCCUUUCUCGGACCAUCAUGAUUUCAAAGAGGUGGUUAUGAAUAGUUGGAGGAUUCCUAUUAAGGCAACUGGUUUAAGGGCUAUCUACUUGAAGACAAUGAGGCUGAAGCAUAGAUUAAAAAAAUUUAACAGAGAUAACAUUGGUGACAUUGGUCUGAACUAUCACAAGGCUAAGGAGACUUACCAGGAAGCUCAACUUCAAGCUCAAUCUCAUCCUCGAGACUAUAGUUUUCAAGAGGUAGUGAAAGUAGCUGCUGAAGAUUUUACUGUUCAGGAGCAUAUGUACCAUAAUUUCUUAGCUCAAAGAAGUAAAAUUACUUGGUUAAGGAAGGGAGAUAUGAAUACUUCUUUUCUGCAUGCUUGUUUGAAAAAGCACAGAGAUGAAAAUGGUAUUGCAACCUAUAUUACUGAUCAAGGCAGAUUGAUAGAUAACUUUCAUGAUGUAGUUUUUCACUUUGUAGAGCAUUUUAGAAGCUAUUUGGGAGUUCGAGUUCUGCUACAGACAAGAUUGAUUUACACUGUAUUGAGAUGGGAUAUUGGGGAUGAAGUUUGUUCAAUAAUUGGUCAGUGUUUUGACACAGGGAGUUUUCCUUCUGAGCUUCAUGAAACUACUUUGUCGUUGGUCCCUAAAGUUGCUAAUCCAUCUCGGGCUAUAGACUACAGACCUAUAGCUUGUUGUUCUACAUUAUACAAGUGUAUUGCCAAGCUUUUAUGUUCGCGUAUGGCUUUAGUUCUUCCUGAUCUCAUUCAGCCGAUCCAGGGAGCCUUUAUUUGGGGUCAUUCUAUUGCUCAUAACAUCAUGAUGUUUCAGGAUCUUACCAAGAACUAUGGGAGGACCUCUACUUUGCCUAGAUGUGCUAUUAAGAUAGUUUUAAGCAAAGCUUAUGAUACAAUCGAUUGGAAGUUCCUUGAGGAUCUAUUAAGGGCCCUUUGUUUUCUUAUGAAAUUUAUAGGAUGGAUUAUGGUCUGCUUGAAAAAUACUUCUUACUCUUUCCUUAUGAAUGGUAGAGUUCAAGGCAGGUUCAAGGGUAAGAAAGGGCUGCGUCAGGGUGAUCCUAUGUCUCCUCUUUUGUUUGAACUUGUUUCUGCUGUUAGCAUUUUCAAAGAGGUUCUAGUGGAGUUUAGUGCUGCAACAGGACUCUCUAUAAAUGCUAAUAAAUCUCACGUUUUCUUUGGAGGAGUCACUGCCACUGAGAGAAGGAAUAUUGCUCAAGAGAUUCAGCUCCCUGAAGGAUCCUUUCCACUUAAGUAUCUUGGGGUGUCUAUGCGGCCAACUAAGUGGAGACAUGAAGAUUGUGACAUUAUUCUUCAAAAAAUCAGAUUGAGGCUUUUGUCUUGGACUAGCAGGCAUCUUUAA